GCUGGGUCCUGCUGAGCUGUGACCAUACCCCUAGCGCGUCAUGGACGGUCACCGCUUCUAAGGUGGACCUGCUCUGGAAAGAAGAUUCACUUUCAGGCGCGAUGAGACCAAUGAACAGGCAUAUAGAAGUCAGGUGUAAUGCUGGCAGUGUUGUUAACGCAUCGCCGAUCAAUAUCACCGGCCAUGAAUCACAGCGAACUUGGAUUACUCUUCCGAGUCUUCAUGCACAUGCACAUGGUACACGAAGUAUCUGUCGCUUCGAGGAUCGCUAGCCACUCUCGCAUCUCACUUCGGCUCACAACGUUGACGAUGAAGCAUAGACAUUCCGCGGAUCUUGUCAAGCAAGUUGAAAACAUCAGGAUACGUUCUUGCCAUCGACUGCGGCUCAAUGGAUCACCAAGGUUCCCACACCGCUUGAUUGUAACCGCGGAGAGUAUUUUCCAAACCGCGUCAACUGUCAGCAGUAUUUCGUUCGUGCUGCCGCAAAUCCGUGCCGAAUGCAUAAAGCGCGAGAUAAUACCAGCAGAUGGAAGCAGAUUCAUCCACGAUGCCCAUCGUUUCUUCCUUGAAUGCGGUUCUCUCUGUGGCAGCAGAGGCCCUUGCCCAUGCAGUAUGAAAGCUAGUCCCCAUCGUGCAUCGUCUCUGGUUCUCUUCAAUCCGUGACCUUCCUGGCCCUCCAAAUGCAAGCCUGUAAUACGGCAAUUCAAUAAAUUCAGGGACCACAAGCCGUGGAGUUCCACGAAGCUUGGACAGAGGCCUACGGAAAGA